AUGGGGACCUGUGGGGGAAAACAUAACAAUAAUAAACAAAUUCAAGAUAAUCUAAUCUAUGAGCCUUCAUUACCUGCUGAUAAAUAGACUCCAAUAGAAAAGCUGAAUUACAUUCUAAGUAAUCCAAUUAUACAGUAUCUUUAAACUAAAAGAUAAAACUAUGAUACUCUUAUAAAUAAAUUAGUUUUACAGAUGAAUAUUUAAAAAAGUGAAUAUUUAUCUUACAUUGAACUAUUGAUUGGUCAUUUUAAAAAAAUUCAAGCUUAAUCAGAUCCAGUCAAAGAGCUGAUUUAGUCAGCUAUAACUUUUAUGAAUUAAGAUUUCGUAUAAUUCAUUAAAUUAGAAUCAUUAUUUUGCGAAUCCGAUUUGCAACUCCAACUGAAAACUUUUAAAUUUUUCAUUGACUUAUACUUAAUUUUAAAUAUAAUUAAGCCAGAAUAAGAAAAUGACUCUUGGUUUGAUGAUUAUAUAAAAAUUUAUGAAGAACAAUGUCAUCAAUUUUCCUCAUACAAUGAUCAAACUAGUGUUUAAAUUAGAUUGCUAAAACAUAUUUAAAAAUAAUUCAUUGAAAAUCUUCAAAAAGCAACCAUUAAAAUAAGUUAGUCGUAAAAAUAAUAGCACCUAGUAAAAUUAAGUAGUUUAAAAGAUGAAGUGAUAUCUAAGAGUACCAUAUAGAGUGAAAUAAAUGCUACUCAUCAGGCAAGGCAAUAAAAUUAGAAAUACAAAACUCCAAUUUGAAAAAUUAUUGCAUAUUAAUAUCUAGUUCCAUAUAAAUAAUUUAUCACCAA